CCAAAAUGACCAAGAAGCGAAGGAAUAACGGACGCGCCAAGAAGGGUCGUGGACAUGUCCAGCCCAUCCGUUGCACAAACUGCGCUCGCUGCGUCCCCAAGGACAAGGCCAUCAAGAAGUUUGUCAUCAGGAACAUUGUGGAAGCUGCAGCCGUCAGGGAUAUCUCUGAAGCCAGUGUCUUUGAUUCAUAUGCACUUCCCAAGCUGUAUGUGAAACUGCAUUACUGCGUUAGCUGUGCAAUCCACAGCAAGGUGGUCAGAAACCGCUCCCGAGAAGCCCGUAAGGACCGGACACCCCCUCCCAGGUUCAGGCCUGCGGGUGUACCUCAGAGAGCUCCUCCCAAACAAAUGUAAAUCCGACUGGCUUAAGAUGUAUCUUACGAAAUAAACGUUAAAAACAAUA